AUGGCUGGUCAUGGAAUUCCCCGCUACAGUUCGUUGGGAGAGCGAUCCGAAGAGGCCCUCCAACAGGAACUACGCAAAAUUCAAAACUAUCAAGCGCUUGACCGGCUUGUUCGUGACAAGAUCGCUGGACAUGAUUAUACACCUGAAACUCUUCAAAAGAUCUCUGAAUUACUGAGCAGCAACCCAGAAUACUAUACAGUAUGGAACUACCGACGGAGGAUUCUGCAACAUGAGUUCAAUUUGGCAUCAUCAAAUGACUCAGAGGAGGCUGUAACAAGUCAGAUAGCAGCGCUGAUCAAAAAUGAUCUGCAAUUCCUAAUACCCCUCCUCCGGAAAUUUCCCAAGUGCUACUGGAUAUGGAAUUAUCGCAUGUGGGUUCUUGAUGAAGCCAAGCGUCUUCUCCCUCGAGCUGUUGCUCGGAAAUUCUGGCAAGAAGAGCUUGCCCUUGUGGGUAAGAUGCUUAGCUUGGAUAGCAGAAACUUCCAUGGCUGGGGUUAUAGACGAUUUGUCGUAGAGUCACUGGAAAACCUUGCACCGGAAGACCAGGAAGUGCGAAGCAUGGCACAGGGUGAAUUUGAGUACGCAAAGAAGAUGAUAGGCACGAAUUUGUCCAAUUUCUCUGCCUGGCACUAUCGCACGAAGCUCAUCCAGCGACUGCUGAGCGAGCGGUCCGCCAGUGACGAGACACGCAAGAAGAUGCUCGACGAUGAACUGGAGCUCAUCCACCGUGCUCUGUGUGACCCUUACGACCAGUCACUGUGGUUCUAUCACCAGAACCUGAUGUGUACUUUUGAUCCUUCACUAUCAGAUCAGACGAUGGCGCCAAAUCUGAGUAAUGAUGAACGGUUAGAAUAUCUGCGCAAGGAAAUCGACGAGAUUCAAGACAUGCUUGAUGGGGCAGAGGAUUGCAAAUACAUAUACCAGGCGCUGAUUGACUGUACUCUUUUGGCAACGAAAGUGAAAGGGACUAUGCCCAGUACCGACAAGGAGAACAUUUUAAGCUGGCUUUCUGAACUUAAGAAGUUGGAUCCGCUACGAUGUGGACGAUGGCUAGAUUUCGAGAAGUCGCUCUGCGCCGAUGUAUGA